CUCCAUCGACUUUUAGAACAUCCACGCUUUUUUCAGAUAUUGGGGUUUUCUAGAAAGGGAAGGGAAGAAUAUUUCUACAAAUUUUUUGGAGACGAAAAUAAAGACCAAGCAACUCAAGCUUUCAGAUUUGUGAAACGAAAUGAUACACUUUUCACCAUGUGUGGCAUUCCCCUUGUGAGCUAGAUCAUCUGCACAGUGAUAAAACAAGAGAUGGAGAGAGGCAAGGAUCUUCAGAAGACACCAUGCACUCUUACUGCAAUAUAUAUGCUGUAUCUCUCCAGUUUGUUAAAGUUUCACCAUAAAGAAUCCAAAGAGAAUGUCCAAAGAAAGUUGAAAAGCUUCUGCUCUUUGGCUGCAGAAGGCAUCGGGAAACAACAAAUACUGUUUAUGGAAGAAGAAGUCAAGAAGCACAGUUUGGAUCAGGAACAAUCCCUCUCCCUCUUUCUGAAUCAGAACAUCUUCAAAAGGGACAUUCACUGUAUUCAAACCUUCAGUUUCAUUCACUUAAGCUUCCAGGAGUUUUUUGCUGCUUUGUUUUAUGUUCUAAAAGGUAGAAAGAAGUGGCAUUCUCAAAACCCAAAUAGAAAUUUGCGGACAUUUUUACAAAGGCAUAGAAUAUAUUUUGAGUCUGUUUUUGCAGUAGGAUUUCGCUUCCUCUUUGGUUUUCUAAAUGAAGAAAAUAGAAUGAAAUACUUGAAAAAAGAUUUUAGAUGUCAAAUUUCUGAAGAGAGUAAAGACUUAUUACUAGAGUGGGUAAAAAAUAAUAUUAACAGAAAAAUUUAUAUGAUCGACCUAAAUUGGAUCACGCAAGAUAAUCAUACACUGUAUUUAUAUAACUCCUUUAAUAAAAGAAUUCAUUUCUAUUUGGAAAAAGAAAUACUUAGUUAUUUAUAUGAGACACAAGAUGAGAAUUUUGUAAGAAAAGCGCUAUCUGCUAUCACUGAAAUAAAUUAUCACUGCAACUCAGAUAUGGAAUUGAUGAUCCUGGCCUAUUGUUUACAACAUUGCCAGAAUUUGGAGUAUCUCUGUAUUCGAAGCCCUACAUCUCUAUAUCAGGCAGAUAAUGAAUUAUUUCUUCCAAAAAAUGAAGUACAUUCACGUCUGGCUAAUUUACCAAAGGACUGGAAGCCAUUGGAUGAAGGAUAUAUGAAACAUUUCUUUAAAUCACUGACAAAGCUGAGAAACCUAAGAGUCCUGAGGUUGGAGAAACUGCACUUUACAAAAUCCCACAGAGGGCUGCUUGUUGAAGUCUUUAGGACUAACCAGAAGUUGAAGGAGUUAAAUUUGUCCCUUGAAGACACAAAUGAUAUAGCAAUGAACUUGGUGUGUGUGGAGCUCCAACAUCCAGAUUGUAAAGUAGAAACACUGGAGUUUCAGGCUAGUGAAGAGGCCAUGAUCUGCAGCAUGUAUCUUGCAGACGUAUUCAGGACAAACCAGAUGUUAAAAGAGUUAAAGUUGUAUCUCGACAAUAUAAGUGACAGUGUGAUGGAGACGCUGUGUAAGGGACUUCAAGACCCAGACUGUAAUGUAGAAAAACUAUGGCUUAGUGGAGAGGACAUGACUGAAUCCUGCAGCGAGCAUAUUGCAAGCGUAUUUUGGAAAAUAAAAGAGUUAUUGUUGGUGCUAAAGUAUCCAACUGGACGAGCAUUCCAAAGGGUAUGUGAGGGGUUACAACGUCCAGACUGUAAAGUAGAAGAACUCCGGCUUUUUGGAAAAUUCAUGAUUGAAUUUGGCAGCAAGGAUCUUGCAGAAGUACUCAGGGAAAACCAGAGUUUGAGAACGUUAUGGUUGUGGAUGGAGUAUUUAGAAGUCGAAAUGGUGAAGAGGCUGUGUGAGGGGCUUCAACACCCAGACUGUAAAAUAGAAAAACUAUGUAUUCAUGAAGAAUUUCUGUCCAAGUCAUCCAGCAGUGAUUUUGUAGAAGUCCUUAAGAGAUUAAGAGAAUUACAGUUAUUUCUCUGCAGUCUACCUGAAAAUAUAGAGGAAGUGCUAUGUGAAGGGCUCCGACAUCUAGACUGUAAAGUAAAAAAACUAAGGCUUGAGGGAAAGUUCCUGGAGGAAUCCUUCUGUAGAUCUUUUGCUGAAAUACUCAGUGAACAAACGAGAUUGAGAGAGUUGGAUUUAUUAUGCAAUGACACAAAUAACGAAGCAAUGAAAAUGUUAUGUGAGGGGCUCAAACAUCCAAAUUGUAAUGUAGAAAAACUAGGACUUGGUGGAAAGUUUCUUACUGAAUUUUUCAGCAGUCAUCUUUCAGAUGUAUUCAGGAAAUGUCAAAGACUGAAAGAGUUAGAGUUGUUUCCCAUCAACAAUAUUGAUACAGUAGUGGAAGUGCUUUGUAAAGUGCUCAAAUAUUCAGACUGUAAAUUAGAAGUACUACGGAUUAACGGAGAGUACUUAAAAAUACUCCGUGGGCACUCUCUGUCCUUUGGUAGACAGAUUGCAAGCAUUGUCAAGACAAUCCAGAAUCUACAAAAAUUGUAUUUGCAUGGUGACUGCUUUAGUGACUAUGAGAUGAAGCUGCUCUGUGAAGUACUAAAAUCCUCAAGGCUUAAUAAGUUAAAGGAGUUAUGGUUGAAUGGAAAAUAUAUUAUACGAUAUGGAGAAUGGAUGGACAUGAACCACACUGCUGAAACCUCCAUGUAAAUGCUGUUUCUUGAUGCUUGCUUGUUUGAUCUAUUUUUAUUUCCAUUCAGAAUAUGAUUAGGAAGAUUUGGAAUUUAAUAUAUUUCAAGUGAAAGUCUAAAGAAUGUUCUUUCAGCAACUAUAAUUUGAACUGAGG